AUGGCGAGCCAGUACGCAGAGUGGUUCACCCGUAUCUCCCACGACAAAGACCUCUUUUUUCUUGAUCCUACCGAACUCGCGACCUUACAGUCCUACCUUGAAGGCAAUCUCCCUCUACAAGACACAAUCUCAAGCUUAACAGCCCCCACCGCGCCUCAAUGGCAUUCCACUCAAAGCAGCAGGGUCUGGGCGAUGCUCCUAUCCAUAGCAGAAGAGUACGGAGAAGCCUAUGAUCGCAUCAUAGCUCUGAUCGAAGCUUUGUUCUCUCUCCCAAAGCCAUCACAGCCCAAUGAGCAGGACUGGCCGGGUGAAAAAGAAUUUGGUUUUCCGCGGUGUUGGCGCGACAUCCAUGACUUUAUGAUGAUUGCUAAUCAUCGAUUCCAUAGCUUUAUGGGCUCGGGAAUCAGAGAUUGA